CCGGGGCGACCUGAUGUUCCCGACGGCCCGUGCGUCGGCGGUGGUUGGGUGGUAAGAUGGCGGCUGUGAGUCUGCGGCUCGGCGAUUUGGUGUGGGGGAAACUUGGCCGGUAUCCUCCUUGGCCGGGAAAGAUUGUUAACCCACCCAAGGACUUAAAGAAACCGCGUGGGAAGAAAUGCUUCUUUGUAAAGUUUUUUGGAACAGAAGAUCAUGCCUGGAUCAAAGUGGAACAGCUCAAGCCGUAUCAUGCACAUAAGGAGGAAAUGAUAAAGAUUAACAAGGGAAAACGAUUCCAGCAAGCUGUGGAUGCCGUAGAAGAGUUCCUCAGGAGAGCCAAGGGAAAAGACCAGACAUCGUCCCACAGUUCUGCUGAUGACAAGAAUCGGCGUAAUUCCAGUGAGGAGAGAAGUAGGCCAAACUCAGGUGAUGAGAAGCGCAAGCUUAGCCUGUCUGAAGGGAAGGUGAAGAAGAACAUGGGAGAAGGAAAGAAGAGGGUGUCUUCAGGCUCCUCAGAGAGAGGCUCCAAGUCCCCUCUGAAAAGAGCCCAAGAGCAAAGUCCCCGGAAGCGGGGUCGGCCCCCAAAGGAUGAGAAGGACCUCACCAUCCCCGAGUCUAGUACUGUGAAGGGGAUGAUGGCCGGACCCAUGGCUGCGUUUAAAUGGCAACCAACCGUGAGCGAGCCUGUUAAAGAUGCAGACCCUCAUUUCCAUCACUUCCUGCUCAGCCAAACCGAGAAGCCAGCUGUCUGUUACCAGGCAAUCACAAAGAAAUUGAAAAUAUGUGAAGAGGAGACUGGGUCCACCUCCAUCCAGGCAGCAGACAGCACGGCUGUGAAUGGCAGCAUCACACCCACAGACAAAAAGAUAGGAUUUUUGGGCCUUGGCCUCAUGGGAAGUGGCAUCGUCUCCAACUUGCUAAAAAUGGGUCACACGGUGACUGUCUGGAACCGGACUGCAGAGAAAUGUGAUUUGUUCAUCCAGGAGGGGGCCCGCCUAGGAAGAACCCCCGCUGAAGUCGUUUCAACUUGUGACAUCACGUUUGCCUGCGUGUCGGAUCCAAAGGCAGCCAAGGACCUGGUGCUGGGCCCCAGUGGUGUGCUGCAAGGGAUCCGCCCCGGGAAGUGCUACGUGGACAUGUCAACGGUGGAUGCUGACACAGUCACCGAGCUGGCCCAGGCACCUGGUGGAGGACAGUCUGCUGACCCUCCCAUUGUCAGUCCAGCACCUUGGUACGGGCAUCAGCUUUGGGGCCUCGGCGUGGAGGGUCAAGUGCUCCUGCCCCAGUAUGCUCCUUGCUUCCUGCCCAAGACCUUCAUGAGAGGCAAGGCCUCCAGAAGCUGUGACUUUCCUUUCCAGGUGAUUGUGUCCAGGGGGGGCCGCUUUCUGGAAGCCCCGGUCUCAGGGAAUCAGCAGCUAUCUAAUGAUGGGAUGUUGGUGAUCUUAGCGGCCGGAGACAGGGGCUUAUAUGAGGACUGCAGCAGCUGCUUCCAGGCAAUGGGGAAGACUUCCUUCUUUCUAGGUGAGGUUGGCAACGCAGCUAAGAUGAUGCUGAUCGUGAACAUGGUCCAGGGGAGCUUCAUGGCCACCAUCGCUGAGGGGCUCACCCUGGCCCAAGUGACAGGCCAGUCCCAGCAGACACUCUUGGACAUCCUCAAUCAGGGACAGUUGGCCAGCAUCUUCCUGGACCAGAAGUGCCAAAAUAUCCUACAAGGAAACUUUAAGCCUGAUUUCUACCUGAAAUACAUUCAGAAGGAUCUCCGUCUAGCCAUUGCGCUGGGUGAUGCCGUCAACCAUCCGACUCCUAUGGCAGCUGCAGCCAAUGAGGUGUACAAAAGAGCCAAGGCACUGGACCAGUCUGACAAUGACAUGUCUGCCGUGUACCGAGCCUAUAUACACUAAGCCCUUGACCCCACCCCCACCCCCCCAUCUUCCCUCUGACCCCCUCUUCCUCACAUGGAGUUGGGGUCCUGGGACUUAACUCUGGACCAGUCCACCUGUCUCCAUCUUCUUUUUUACAGACUUUGAGACUUGCCAUCAGCACAGCACACAGCGUCGCUCCUCCCCUAGAGGUCCUGGAGAGGGGAGGGGUGUCAGCAGGAUUGGCCUGUGGGAAAGCUCUUGAGCUGGGCACCGGCCUUGGACUAGGUGGCUGUGUGUUCACACACACAA